AUGGGUGCUUCUCAGAGCCUUGCAUUGGCGGACGAAAUCAUCGCCGGCUGUCAAGACGGAACGGGAGGGCUGGCGAUUCUGGUCCUUGACAAAGAUUUUGUUGCCAGAUGGAGGAAAUCUUGGUCAAGCACGCCGAAGGGAGUGCAGGCUUUCUUCAGAAGCCUCGUCAAGAAGUCUCGUCUAUGGACGCCGUCGACGACAUCCACGGCACCAAUCCAACUCCCAACCGAUAUCAAGUCUCAAUUGAAAGCUUGGGAAAAAGAUCCGAGGAACUUCUUCGAUAGAGGGAAUCUUCGCAAGGAUGUCCUCUCGGUGUACCAUUAUAUCGAAUCUCUUCAACACAAAGGGAUAUCAGACACCUUACGACGAAGAAUCGUCCUGAUGGCUUUUCAUAGGCUAAAAGAAAAGAUAGGUUGCCAGCAUCUGGCAACCUACCUUAUGAAAUCUGGCAGUUUCAAAAGCGGGAAAGAGGUAGUCAACAAUUGCGAUCGUUGGGAAGAAUGGGGUGGGCGGUACUGCGGUUACAUUUCACAUUUCCACGGUAACAAUGGCGUUGUAUUUGCACUUGACUUCAAAAUAUCAAGGAUAAAUUGGGAGCACGAUGUGCCAACGGAUGGGUCUGAACGUGAAUUAUUCUUGCAGAUCCAGGCCGACCGAAGUCUACUCCGCGUUGCCAACGUGUGCAAAAACGCAGCCGAUCAAGUGGUGGAGUAUGCAGAUAAUCUUACGGCAGCUUGGUUCGAACAAACGCAGGCGGCGGAUUUAAAUUCUAGUCAGGAUGACGGACGUGAUAAACACAUUGGCGAAAAGCGGAAGCGAACGCCUAACGCUAGAAAAGAGGAGACCAAGACCAAGACAUCAGUCUUUGCAAAGCGUCAUGUUAGUCCUGCUGCAAUUGCAAGGAUGUCAAGGACUUCGGACCAAGCAAGCUCCAUCUCUAGGGAUCAUUCUGCCCCAAGCGAUAAUGGGGAUAAUUCGGCUCCAUGCAGGCUCGAACGAUCGGUCAGUCUUAAUGAGCAGUCAACAACAGAAAUUUUGUCGCAACAUCGAGUCCAAGGACACACUUCACAAAGCGGCACGGUUUCCAGCGAGACCAAUUCGACACCACGCUCUACUGGUUUGGCGCCAUCCCCAAAUAGAACGCAGUCCACCGAAACUGUCAAUUACGUUCCAGCGCGUGCUCAACUCCAAGAAGAGCAGCAUCGCAUCGCUUUUGCAUCACGUGAGCAAGCACCGAUGAACCCGCAAUCAUCAGUAAGAUCCCAGUCAGACAACUGCCGGGGUCAAAGUACCAGGAGAUUGAUGGCAGAGACAGCAGGAUAUUUUUAUCAAGGCAAUAACGCUUUGGGCGUCGAUGAAAGCACUACAUUACUUGCGCCCGCUGUUGGUAUAAAAAUGCUAUUUGCUGCUGCUGCUGGUUCCAGCAAUCUUCCAUCAACUUUGCAAUCUAGGAGGGGCAACUGGCAGCAGGCCCAUGUGGAUACAGCCGUGGAAGGACAAACCCUACAAGACGGUAACGCCUACCGGGAUUUCGGCAGUUGCGAACAUAAUGAUGUGCCCACAAUGUCCCUCGAUUCCACUGUGCCAGGACAGCCCAGCAUCGGAGAGCAAUGCUCUAAUCCGCCGGAAGGUAGCCAGGAUAGGCAAGACACAUGGCUAAAUGAAAGUGAGUUUCAGUGGCCACAUGGUAAUGGUUUCACCGACACCGAUCCCUCAGCCCCAUCCGGACAGGAUACACUAGAAGAGGCAUCCGAGUGGAUUGGAGCUUACUAUCGUCAGCCUUCCCAGGUGUGGGAUACAUCGGCAGUGUAGGCGCCCUUCCAGAUGACUUGGAUGGCGAUGCCUACAACAAUUUCUAGACACUAUUUUUUCGUAUCCAAUAAAGAGUCUUGGGUUACGGAGUGUCCAUUUGUCCUGCUUCUUGAGGCUCUGUUAUCUCGGGUUCUCGCUGAAUACCUUGAAGGGUGCCUUCAUGUUUCCAGGCACGAAACAAAUAAUAAUACAUGAUUUCUCUCUCAUGUCCCAAUAUGUCAUUCUCGCUCUGUAGCAUUAUAUAAUGCUCUUUAGACCAACCAAUGUUCUUGUAAUCGAAUGGACCUGCUUCUGGAUCGCCACCCUCAGUCAGCGCUCUGUAACGAACCCCUUGCAGGGUAUUAUCUGGCAAAAAUGCGAUGAAAACAUCUUUCAUCCCUUUGGUCCAGCCUAGUUGUUUAGUUCCUCGAGCUGUGCAUCUAUAUGGCCCCUGAGCCCAUUGUUUUAGGUCUUC